CAUAUCCAGCAGGAAAGGUUACUCACCCCAGAUUUCUAGACACUAGCUGCAAAGGCGCCACUAUCAUUGUCUACUGAACUGGAUGGAUCUUUCUAAUGUGCAGAACAUGCAACAGUGUAAGGACUCCCCAUUUUGGCUUGAAAAUGAAGAAGUUUUCAAGUGGUGCCCGGUGUUUCUUUAUCCGAAGAGCAGUCCUUUUGGCAUCGUGACCCACCUGUAGCGAUGGCUGCCCUUUUUAUCAACAAGACGCUAAUUGUGAACAACAAGGAUAACGAUAAGUUGGAACUGGAACGCGAACUCAUCUGCGCGCUGGAGAACAAAGUCAUGCUCCUGUAUUUUGGCUCCAGCGAGUGUCCUGAGUGCAAAGAGUUUGCGUCCGUCCUGAAGGAAUUUUAUGUGAGGCUCACAGAUGAGUUUUAUGUGGAGAGGGCUUCCCAGUUGGUUCUGGUCUAUGUGUCGCUCGAUGAGACAGAGGAGAAGCAAGAGGAGUUCCUGAAAAAGAUGCCCAAGAGGUGGUUGUUUUUAUCCUUCGAUGAUGAAUUCAAGAGGGAGCUGGAAUUGAGAUUUUCUGUGAAGACCCCUCCAGUGGUGGUGGUGCUGAAGCCAAACGGAGACAUCAUUGCUGCAAAUGCUGUGGAGGAGAUCAAGCAGGCUGGCACAGCUUGCUUCAAGAACUGGCAGGAAGCAGCAGAUCUGGUGGAGAGGAACUUCCGGCUACGAGAGGACUUUGACUCUUUGACUUUGCGGAGCAUCACACAUCCCCUCCGUCGACUGAAGUACAAAGUGGCAAAGGACAAAAGGAGAAAGAAAGACAACGAUGAGGAUGAGGACGAGGACAAUGCAUUCUCCUGAUGGGGCAUUUCUUCUGCAAAGGAACUCACUCUCGCUGAUCUGCUCUCUUCCCAAGAAGAAUGGAUGUCAUCUACUGGUUCUGCAUCAUAUGAGCACAGCAACUGUCAUUAAGCAGAGUCAUCAGACAAUCCGAGCCCUGGCCUAUUAUUAUUAUUUUUCUAAAUUACAUUUCUGGCCCUUAUUGCUAUAACAAUACUCUUGACAAUAUGUUGAUAAAACUUAAUUGAUCUUUAUUAAAAUUUCAGAACCUG